CUCAGCAGCAACAGCAGCAGCAGCAGCAGGAGGAGGAGGAGGAGGGGGUACGUCGAGCGCAUCACAAAGUUUGAGGCUGCAGCGGACACACGUACAGGACAUCUCAUCAGGCGGUGAGUUAAAAGGAGCUGCAUUCGCUCGCUGGUUGCACAGCCUCACCAGGAACAUCCGAUGACACCACGUCUGGUAACAAACCAUCUGUCAUGUCUGCUGAAGAUGCUUGGAAAAACCCCGUAAACAGAUUCUGCGUUCAAUAGAGUGAAGAUCAAACCUGAUGAAGCCACUUUCGCAAACACAAAUUCUCAGAAGCUUCUAACUCAUUUUCUACCUCUUGAUGCUUUUUUCCUUUCAAGAGAUGCAGUUUUUCUGCAGAUCGUCCCAAUUUUUUUGAACACUCGACAUCUCAGACCCGCUUGUAAGCAGAAAAAGGGAAACAUUUGCAUUUCAUCAAAGCGAAGGUGUUUAAUAUUCAAGACCAUUGAUCCACUGACCUCCUGAUCUAGUUAGAUCUAGUUACCUACACACAAACACCCACACAUACAGACACACGCAUUGUGUUGCUGGCCUCUGCAGAUGCUUCAGAUAGUCUUGUGUUUGUAACACCUGGGUCUGACUAUAGUGGGUGUCAGAAGUCCAUCUGCACACUAUUAACUCCCAUCGAGAACACUGACCUUGAAUGUGAUCAGACACGUUUGUGUGUUUGCAUUAGCAGGAGGAAGUGUUACGUCCUGUCUGCUCUGAUUGUGAGUGAGAAUGAGAACUGAUGUGGCAGAGCGGCCUUGAUAAAUAGUCUAAAAACAUUACUGCCUGAGGGCCGGCCACUCAAAUAAGAAAGCCAUAGAGCUUCAUUACUCUUUUUUAGUCAGUUCCUCAAAAUGCGUGAUACUAAAAAAGUAGUCCAUAUUAAUUGAAAAGUGUGUGUGUAUGUGUCUGACACAUUGUCAGAGCAGAUUAGGGCCAGACCUUUCUGGGUUAUGUUACUUUGAUGAAUCUAGAUUUGACUAAAUAAUCUGGCCAGCUGAGGAAGACAUUGCAUUCUCUGACCUGAAGACUGUUCUGACGUCUUCUUACUUGUUAACUACCUGCUAACUAAUGUGACCUAAUUUCUUAUUCAGGCAACAUGUUCUUUACCUAACAAACUGGGUCUACAAUAUAUAACUUGUAAACCACCCUCUUACUAAGCCUCAUAAUCAAACUCCCAAUCUCCAGUUUGGCCUUUCCUUCUGCACCACUCCUCAUGAACACCUUCCCUUCCUUCUCCUCACCACCUCCCAAUACACCAACCAUCCAGUCAGUGUGUAAGCCCUGCCUUCGGGCCCCGUGGAGGAUGAACGAUGUGCCCACACUUGACUACGAGUUGCUGCUGUCCCCGGCCAGCUCCUCACUCACCGGUAGCCCUGGCGGUGGCAGCAGCAGCCCCCCUCUGACUUUGAUUGGGGUGGACAAUGAGCAGCGCACCGCCCUGGCCUUUGUAGGCCUCCUCAUGCUCUUCCUGGUCUUCCUGCUGGUCAGGUGCUUCAGGAUCCUGCUGGACCCCUACAGCCGCAUGCCUGCAUCAUCCUGGACUGACCACAAGGAGGGGCUGGAGAGGGGCCAGUUUGAUUAUGCACUGGUAUAGGGUGAUGUGUAAAGAGGGGGUCGAAAAGGGGUAUAUUUCAUUGCACAUAGACAAAACAGGAGAGGUGUGUGUCUCUGUAUUGCAGUCUGUGUACUGGUGUAAAUAUGAGACUGCAGGAUGCUGUGUACCAUAACAAGUCUGGUUCAACACCAGGCACGCAGACAUCUGGAAUCUUUGUGAGCCAAACACUCACCCAAACCCAGAUGUUGGAACAUGAAGGACCGAUAUAAUGAGCUGCACAGCUGCCUUAACCUAACCUACUGUACUAGUCGAACAUGCUACUAUAUCACAUCACUUUAGGACUAGGUUUUCCAAACUCAAGAGCUUGUAUCUUGAGUAUCAUACACAGUAAGAUUUCCAGAAAAGCCACAUUCACUCAUGACUCAUGACAUAGUUUAUAAUCACUGUGUAACGAGUUUACACUUGAGCAGACGCCCCUUUAAUGAACAAAUGUCCAUUGUUAAGCAUCCGAGUGUUUAGUGCUGAUCCAGGAGCACAAAUCUUCACAUUUGUUUUGAUUUUGGACACUGAUCCUCGAGCAGCACUGCAGUUUCAGAUGCUUCUAAAGGUCCACGCAGGUAGUUUGUGUCUCCAUCAAAUUUUGUCAGUGUAUGUUUUGUGUGUAAUUGUGUCUAUAACUGAGAAGCCAUAUUGAAACUAUAUAAUCUCUUAUUAGUGCGAGUAGAGUUUAUGUUCACUGAUCGAUUCCUUUGCUUUAGUCAGCCUGCCAAGUGUGGUGAUGAAGCAAACAGCAACCUUUAGGCAAAAGAAAGCUUUAUUUUUCUAUUCUUGACUCAAAUUUGGGAGUCUCCUUUUUGCUAUCUUUCUGUCCUCUUCCUCUUACUGUAUCAAUCUUUAGACUGUGGAUUUUUGAGGUAGUCAUGCAGCCACCUCUUAGAAGGCAAAGCAGGUAGCUUUGCUUUUUUGUGUGUUUUUUAAUUACAUAUUUUUCUGACUAUCUGCUUUGUUU